AAAAAAAAAAAAAAAAAAGAAAAAAAAUUGCAGCGUUGGGUAUAGAUGAUAGCCUACUUGUAAUAGCGCACAUUUCUUGUAUUCCCGGCGUUACAUAGGCUUUUGGAGCGCUAUUCUUAUGAAUUAUCGACCAAGCAGGAGGCGUUUCUUCACAUUUAGUUGUAUUAUCUGUGUUGAGGGGACGAUGCCUUUGAGGACCGGACUUUUUCUCCUGAUGGUGCUGAACGCAUCUGCAUAUGAACUGGAUCAGAACGAGUCCUAUUCGCCCAGGAGAGCACGCUUUUCUGCCAAUAGCCCUUCAGAUGUGGCACGCUGUCUCAACAGUGCCCUCCAAGUUGGCUGUGGAGCCUUCGCCUGCCUGGAAAACUCAACUUGUGACACAGAUGGCAUGCAUGACAUCUGCAAGUCCUUCCUGUACAGUGCUGCUAAAUUUGACACUCAGGGUAAAGCAUUUGUGAAGGAGAGCCUUAAGUGCAUUGCCAAUGGCAUCACCUCGAAGGCAUUCCCCACCAUCCGCCGCUGCUCCACCUUCCAAAGAAUGAUAUCUGAAGUCCAAGAGGAGUGUUACAGCAAGCUGGACAUCUGCACUGUGGCCCGAUCUAAUCCAGAUGCUAUUGGUGAAGUGGCACAGCUACCAAGUCAUUUCCCCAAUAGGUUCUAUGGUAAGCUGCUACAGAGCCUGAUGGACUGUGAUGAGGACACGGUGGACCGCGUUAGGACCAGCAUGGUGUCGCGGCUGGGCCCAGAGAUGACCAUGCUUAUUCAGCUGCUGCAGAACAAGCCCUGCCCAUCCACUGCUGUGGCUGCAGCUGCUGCUGUUCCAACUGGAGCCGAGGGCCGUGGGAGCUGGCGCUGGUCCAUGGGUCCCCACAUGUACAAGAUCCAGCCUAAUCUGCGAAACAGAGACUCUGCCAGUCAUUUUGGCAAGAAGCGCUCUGCCAGUGACAGCUCCUAACUUCCACUCAGAUUCAGAAAGUCCACACUCCUCAGAAUCAUGAAACAGCAAGCUCCUCUAUUCCAUAGGGGUGACAAAAUCCAUUCCUCCGCUAGACUGGAAGUUACAGAAAUAUGCACCUCUAGGGAAUGCCCAUAGAGUUCCAAGUCGAUAUCAGAGUUUGAUUGUUGUUAUAUUGUACAUCCUACACUUUAGGCUUGAGAGGACCCCCUUCCAUCAACUAUUUUCAAACGUAUUCACUCACAAGAUAGUGUUGAACGUGUGGCUGUUGCAUCUGUGCAACACGGUCCUAUUUGCUCCUCUUCACCUCCGUCAACAGAGAUGAAUCCUUCAGAGGUCUUUUGAUGCCAAACGCAAAACAGCCAUAGUGAUUUACACCUCUAGAGCACAAGUGGUCCGUACUUUAAAAGGCAAAAACACAGACGGUUGGUUGUUAAUAGGGAUCAGUGGUUGGAUCAUUAGUUCAUUGGUAGGAAUGGGAAAUUAUUGCUCAGUGUAUCUAAUAUUACAGUGAUGAGACCAAUCAAAUUGUGAGCAUGAGCUGUGGAAACGAGUUUCAUAUCUAUUUUCUGACACUAACAUAAUACUGUAAUGUACUGUAUACUACGUUAUCUGAGACAGCCAUAGCUAGCUCUCUAAAAGAGAGCGCUCAUAAGGUGAGAGGUCUUUAGGGGUUUCAUGAUAACCUUUGAGAGGUUAUCUCAAACUGACCAAAAAACUUCAAACUGCCCUGAAUGCUAUUCAUGAAAUACCAAAAUAGUGUAGAGCUAUGUAUAGCACUUAUAUUUGUUUUUCUGGUGCCAGAUCAAGCCAUGGUCCUUGACUGAAAUGCAUUUAAAAUCAUCAUCCUCUCCACAAGGACUGUCCAGGACAUGGCCCAGUCUGUCUAUCAGAAAAGUCCAUUUUGCAUAUCUUGUCUCCAGACACUCUUAAUGCGUAAGACUGUUGAGCUCUACAGUAUAUGUGGGACCAUGUUUGGUGGAAUCUGUACUCGUGUUCUUAACUUAGUGUGAAGCAGUUGUGUGUGUGGCUGAAUAGCGAGUUCACCAUUGAGAUUGAGAGCAGCCAUCUUCUUGGACUGACGAUUAUCAUUCUCUGCGGUGAAAAAUGAGAAAUAGAGGGAUUCCUUCAUACACACUGGCUUCCAGUGUCAAGAUUGAGAAUGAUUAUUUAAAAGCCUUGUUGGAAUGAUAUUUAUUUUCCUACUAUAUUAUUUAAUUUUUUAUUUUAUGGCAUUAUUGUAGUUUUUAGUUAGUUUACAGAUAGACAUUUAAAAAUGCAGUUUGGUCAUGGCUCCUAUUUGAACUUGAGCUCAUUGACAAAUAGGUGAGCUGCCACUCUCUGGUGACUGAAUGGGACCCAUGUCAUGACUCUGUGCUGGCCAUAGGGGAACAAGUUGGUCAUUCAAGUCAGGGGAUCUACUUUAUGGGUGUUACAAGGGACCACAUCCAAAACAAGAUAGCAUAAUUUUGACACAUAUUCUGGUAAAAAAAAAGAAAAAAAAAAAAGGCAUAAUUGCAGCUGUUAGAUGUAUUUGCUGAGUGUUGGGGGUUUGUGUGCAUAGUUUCCCAAGCAAAGCUGAAGAUGUACCAGGUAUAGUCAAAAUAAAGGAAACACCAACAUAAAGGGAAGGGAAGGGCUCUGCGCUCGUUUGCGGUGCUUCUCCUGGUGUGAAACAGAAUCAGUUACUCUUAAGAGGGCUCGGCAGUUUCUAAUCACAACUGGUAUCUUCAUCCCGUACACUUCUUUCUCUUUAUUUAAUAUUUUUUCGUCUUGCUGUGUUGGUUCCAUCAGAUAUUUUACAGUAGUGAGAGAGAGAGAGAUAACAGUGAUGAGAAUAGAUGACAUGUGUCACAUGUGAAUGUUGUAUGUGUUCCAGCUGGCCGAAAAGCGCCCUAAAGUCUGACUGAGGAUGUUCAGCCUGUGUGUUUAAGAGCACAACAGUCUCUCUCUCUCUUAUAUCACAUUGAGAAAGCAAAGUAAGAGGAGCAUCAGUAUAUUCACUCAAGCUGCAUAAACUCCUGCGCUCUAAGUCCAGCACCUUCAUGUGCUUGGCUUACUUUUGCUUCUUGGCUUGUGUUUUCCCUCCGAGGGCACUGGGAUUUAGCUGCAGACACAAAGCAGCAGGACCAGUAAAAACUGAGAAAGCUGCAAACUUGAACCGUCAAGUGUGAUAUGAUGCGCCUCUAAUGUAUCUUCAGUGGUGUCUCUCACUUUGCAAUUUUGAGAUCACGAAUGUCUGGUUAGUCAAAGUUAAAUUAUAACCAUGCCGAGAGCCACCUCACUGACCAGCUGAUUAGAAGAGGUUUGCAGCACUGCUAAAGAUAGCCUUGUGUGAGCCUGUGUGCAGAUGCAGUGCUAACUGUGCACCAGGUUCCAUUUCCACCAGUGUCAUAAAAAAAAUCCCAGUAGAAGCACUGCAAAGAUCUUAAUCCAUAAUGAAUCUCUCUCACACAUAAUAUCUGAUCUGAACAUUUUUGGUAGAUAAUAAGAUAUCUAAGUCUACCGUCAAAUAUCACAAUGUUAUGCCCAGACAAUCAUUCAAAAUCAGUACAAAAGUGCAGAGUGUUUAUCACUGAGAAAGGCCUUUAUUUGGGUGUUUCCUUUAUUUUACCUAUACCUGGCAGAUAGGUGAUAGUGCAGAGCCAUUGACUUUAGUCAUAUAUAAUCAAUAGCUCAAAUUAGCUGUGGUUUUGGGACUGAAUUACAAAUGUUUGUGCACAGCCAAAGUCUGCAUUGUCUAGAGAAUGCAAUAUAGAGAUUAACUUGGAACCAGGGUUGGGGUCAGCUUUCAAUGCAAUUAAUUCAGAAAGCAGAUUUUUCUUCAAAAUUUGCAAAUCUGUGAUCAUAGAAAGGUUCUUAUAACCAAUCUGUAAGGAUUUGCUGAACACACCAGUUGUAUCUGUGUGGAAUGCCAUUUUAGUUUACAGUUUGAAUCAGAAUAUUUGAAAGGGAACCGACCCCCAUGCUUGGAAUUUACUGUCAUACAGGAUCAUCUUUAGGAGUGAAGCACUACAGACCAGAAAAGAGAUGUUUUUGUUGUUGUUGUUGUUGUUGUUGCUAUUGCUAUUGCUAUUGUCGUUGUUGUUUUCCAGUGUAAAUUAUUAGCACUGUUACGAAUUCCAAACUAUGCAAUAAUCUCACAUACAAAGGAUUCACAGCGACACACAAAUUGACCUUUAUUUCAUUCAGUGCCGGCUGAUGCUGUUUGAAUAAAGUAACAGCAUGUAUGCUCUCAUACUCACAGUAUGAAGGAAGUGUUCCUGUAUAUCCCUUCCUGUUUCUGUGUUUUGUUUUGUUUUUUGUUGUU